CUGCAAAUAAUUAAACUUGAAAAGCUAAUUAAGUCCGUGUAUAUAUAGGACAGAUACGUUUGCUGAGUUAACUAAUUUAAAGGGUUUUUUUAAUUAUCUGUUAUGGCUGACCGAAACUCCACGGAAGGUGAAGACGCCCAGACAAACGAUCUUCACUCAGAUCAGAAAGCCACCAUGAAAACUCUAAGUGCAUUUAGACGAAGAGCGCCGCUAACCUUUUCACCUAAACGACAGUAUGCUGUAGCCGUCGUCUCUCCAAUGCAAAAACAUGACAGUAGUGAACCUGUCUUUGCAGAUGUUGCAUCACUAGGAACAUCUUCGUCUGAUCCUGGCAGGAGAAUGGAUGAAGCCAUCGCUGGACUCCAGAGGAGGUACAGAGAUGGCAGACGUGGGAGUUUCAGGUCUAAACCUUUAACUCGGUUUAAGCCCUUCUCAUUUGAUGCACGUGAUGCUGCACAGAGAGUUAAACGUGAAAGGAAACUGCGAGAGAUUUCUCGGAAGCAACAUCAGUGGCUGGCAAGGUGUUCCACAUUUAAAGCUCAUCCCGUAAGAAGAUACAAACCUAUGGUCCAGCCUCCCACACACUCUAAGGGUGCUUUGGAGAGCUAAAAUAACAUGCAACAGAUUUUAAUGUCGUCUUGUCAUUUUUAAGUGUUUGUAAAAAUAAACUUUUUUUC